CUAUCCCUGUGAGUGUCCGGGGUGAGGGGAUGUCAAUCAGCCUGUUGAUUUUCACCUCCUCUGUGGCAGACCUGAGAAAAGGAAGUGGGGCAGGGCUGCUCCCCCCACCCCGGCCUGCCCACAACAUGAAGGCUUCCUGUGGCGAGAACAAAAACCAGGUGCCGUCCCCGGCGGCCCCCAGAGCCGGCCGGAGGGGAGCAUGGACGGGCCCCAGCCCCUGGGCCUGCUCCUGGCGCUGCUGAGCCUCUGCAUCACUGCGGGGACCCCUGAGGUGUGGGUGCAAGUUCAGAGGGAGGUCGCCACGGUCACGUCCUUCACUGUCCGCUGUGGAUUCCUGGGCUCCGGCUCUAUCUCCCUGGCGACUGUGAGCUGGGGGGGCCCCGAUGGGGCCGGAGGGGCCAAGCUGGCUGUGCUGCACCCAGAAUUGGGCACCCAGCACUGGGCCCCCGCCCGCCAGGUCCACUGGGAAACCACAACCAGCCUCUCCCUCACCCUGGAAGGCUCCGAGGGGAGAAGCCCCAGCCCCAACACCACCUUCUGCUGCAAGUUCGCGUCCUUCCCCGAGGGCUCCCAGGAGGCCUGUGGGGACCUUCUCAGCACAGACCAAGGGCUCCCUACCCCAACCUCAGCCCCCUUUCUGCGGGCAGACCUGGCGGGGAUCUUGGGGGCGUCAGGGCUCCUCCUCUUUGGCUGCUGCUUCCUCCUGCACCUCCUGCUUCGACAGAAGCACUGGGCUGUCCCUAAGCUUCAGCCGCCCCUCGCCAGCCCCCAGACGCAGGUGCAAGCUCAGGCAGUGGGCCGAGCCCCCCUGGCCCUGCACAUGCCUUACACCACCGUCCAAGCCAGUUACCUCCGCCCGGCAGCCCUGGAUAUGGCCCACCACCACCAGCAACUCUCCCCCCGGGCGCCGCUGUCCGCCGCUGCCCGCAGCAGCUUCAUCUGUGUUGAGAACGGACUCUAUGCCCAGGCAGGAGGGGGGUCUCGCCACGCUGGCCCCAUCCUUGUCCCUUUCCCCAACCCCCCGGAGCGCAGCACCAAGGAGGGGCACUUGGGAGGGGUGCAAUGAGAGAAACCGCAGGGGCCCGUGACACCUGGGCCUCUGGGACCCACGCGCCCCCUGCCGCGUCUGCGCUCCGGGCCCCUCCGCCUUCACACAUCUUGUUUCAUUCUCGGGGCUCUGAGAAGUGUCUCCACACAGACAGGGACAGGGGGAGCCCGCUUGCUGCGGAUGUGGGCAGCGUGUGCGCGUGUGGAUGUGCGUGUGGGUGUGCGUGUGUACGUGAGGUGGCAAAACCCCAUCCAGGUGGCUUCCUGUUUUGAGCGCUACCCCAGAUCUCCCAGGUGAUGUCAGUAAAUAAGUCAGCA